UGCCAGUUUUCUUUGUCUUUUGAUAGUUUGCUUAAUUUUGAGGGGGGUGUGAUCUAUUUUUCACAUUUAUUUUAAUUCGCUUCUAUCGUGCUCAUAAGUCGGUUUUUGUAUUCGCCUUUUUUGUCCUUAUUAUUUCCACUUUCUACUUCUUUUCUUCGUCAAGUGACUAAAAUAAAGAAAAGAAAAAUCGUAAAAGAAAAAGAAGAAAGAUCUCGCCUUUUGUCUCAAUAAAGAAAAACACUUUUAUUUACGCUUGCCCCGUGUGACGCACCGCAAAAAACAACAACAAAAAAAAAAAACGAAAAAUGCAGCCCGAAAAAAUACGUCUCGUAUCCUCUCUCUUCCAGAAACAGCAUGGCGGGUACGUGCUGGUGACGCCCUCGCACGGGGUCAGUUACCCGAGCACCUCCCACAUCCGCGCCGCCGUCAGGAAAGCGGGUCUACGGCAGGCUGGAGGCUCCUUGCCCAUCGUCAUUGACUGCACGUUCAUUGAUGUGGCGGAUUAUACGUCAGCCAAGGGCAUCAAGGGCAUGAUCGAAGACUUCCAGAGACGGGGUCAAGUCCUGGUGUUCGUGGGCCUCAAACCGCGCGUCAUGGAGACCAUCAGCGCUCUGCACGAAGGCGUCACUGUGUGUCCUUGCUUCGAGCAGCUGGACGAAAUCCUGGCAGACGGCCAGACGGAGGAGACGCUCGGGGCUCUGAACGGCGGCGAGAGGAACGUAGGGGGCGUGGUCUUGUCGAGCAUGAUAGCCACGCCCACUUCGGACACCAGCGAGGCGGCCAACCCGCUGCUCUCCACCACCACUUUCCAUGAGCAUAAAUAACCCCCUUCUCAUAAGGGGCACUUGAUCCCCUCCCGGCCUCCCCCUAUAGCCCUCGCCCUCACGCCAUUCCAAAGCAUAUUCCAGUUUCAAGGUUUUGGACUCCAACUUUUUCUAAUGAACUAAAAAGCCCGCAGGGUGGAAAGGCAUGUUUGGAAAAGGUCGUAUGAAUUUAGUAAUAUAUUUUGUACCAAGGCUUCUCUAGCUCGGGGAAUUGGAUACUAGUUAUAGACUGAGGAAGACGAUUGGAAUGACGUUUGCGAUAUCGUUUGCGUGUCACAUUUCGGCAAUUUUUUACCACAGUCACCGCUAGAAAAAGCCAAACAAAACAUUACAGUUCGAUAAGCGUAGCAAAGACAAGUAUCUGACUGGAGUCUUGGCCACUGGAGGUCUAUCCAUGGCUUUAGCAGAUGAGGACCCAGCUGUAUAGUAAGAGGUCAUGAACCCGCUGUAUGGUGAGGGGGCCUAUCUCGGCUGUGGUGAAGAGGCGUGGAUCGGCUGUGUUGAAGGGGCGUGGCUCGGCGCGUGAUGAACAAGGUCUCAGCGAAAAGCCAAGAACGUGAACAUGAACAUUCCUCACUAUGUCACGAACUUGGUACACUUUAUAUAUACAUGUAUAAAAAGCCUGUUAUUCUUAGGAAGAAGGAAUGCAUGUUAUUGGAUAGCAAUAAGGGUACCGUUUCUUUAUGAAGGAAAAAUAAGGUGUUGGCCUUAGAGGGAUAUUUAAAGUCCAUAAUUAUGAGGGCCUUGGAUUCCGGCUAAGAAGAGAUUAAUUUCGUAAUUAUAACUUCCUGAAAUUCAUUGCAAAUCGUCACCUAAACGACGGUAUUUUUAAGGUAAACGAACACAUUAAAAGAGAAAGGACUUCAUCAUACAUAUAUAUUUUUCUCAUGUCAUUUAGAAAUAGUAGAUUCAGAGUCAAUUUUGAGGCCUGGGUAUACUACUUUUAGAUUUAUUUCGUUGUAAAGAAUUUUUGAGAAAAAUGUUAUUUUAUCUUACAGUAGACCUCACAGGGCCCCAGAAGCCUUACUUUAAAUCAAAGACCACAAUAAAAUGAAUAUGGAAAAAAAAGUCACAGGGAAGAAAAUAUAAAUUGAUUAUAGAAAUGUCUCAGUUCGUUUAGAGAACUUCUUUCUUUUCAGUAGGGUGUUAGAAGUGUUUGAUAGUUUAGAAUUCCGUGUUUAGACAUUUCCCCCGGAAGUACAGACCCCAUUUUUCCGUCUAAACUAAUUUCCCCUUCGGUCUCAUCCUCAGUACCUCCCCUUCCCUCGUAGACGACGAUCGCCAACAUAUCUUGAUCACGGUGUCUUACUCUUUCCCACUCUGAGCCACUCUGUCUUAACAGAGAAAACUCGCGUCUGAUUUAGAAGUAACUUGAACUAGUGUGAACUGUUCACUUUCUUUUCCUUCGGCUUUCUUGUUUUCAUCUUUUUCCUCCUAACUUUCAAGGUGUGUCCUCGCUUGUUGACGGUGACGACUCGUUAUUUGAGGGUCUAAACGAUCCGGAGACAAAGGACACACACACAUCUUCUGCAUGAAUCUUAUAGUUAGACAUUUUUUGAGGUGCCAAAAAGUCAGUAAAUAUAUGUGUCACAUGCUAUUUCAUCUUGUUGUUAUACUAUGUGUCACCAUUUUUUGCUAUCGACUACAUAGCAGUGGUGGCAGUGAGAGGGGCAGGUUAUACGUAGGCGCAUAUUCAUGGAUUAAAAAGUUAAUGGAAUCUUUUAAGAAUUGGAAUAAUUGAGCCAUUGAGAGUUAAAAGAUGUUACGUUUUCCGCCUCGUUGUGCCUUCACCUUUCUCUCUAACUGCCAUACAGAAUGGUUCUUAACAGAUAUUGUUGUUGAGAUUGUAGAUUCUGGUUGUUUAUGGUUCACAGAUCGGUUGAAAUUUUGCAUUUCUUCGUGGAUAUCACACUUUACACAUCGUCAGUAGGGUACCCCAAAUGAGACCAUACGAGAACUUGGUCUGGUAGCCUGUGUUCUUCCAGCAAUUAGAGAGUUUUGAAGUGUCCUGUUUGUGGUGGAGAGUCAGGUCAUCGCGACUUUCAUAGAAAACGGGUCAGUUUUUUUUUUGUACUGGUGGUGGUAGUGGAGCGAUUCGUUCCUGCUGUCAAAGAGUGGGAUAUUUUUGUCAUAAGUAAAAGAGGAUACACAAUUUACAACAAUUAGAGAAAAUAUGAACAUCAGAGAUUGCUAUUUUCCCCUGUUAGAAUAAAUAGGUCGACUUUUUCUCUGUAGGUGAAGACCUACCGAUGAGAGAACAAAUCGUUAUGGUUAACCUUAAGCUUAGGUUUACCCUCACUUAUUCACAACUCUAAACAAAAUUAGAAAAUAGCACAUGUACUUUAAGCUCUAUCCAUUAACCUCGAAAAAGACAAAGUAAUAAAUAAAUGACUAAAGGACUAUAUAGAUAAGACGAUUUGAGCAUAAUGGUUCAUAGGUUACCGCCAGCAACCUAAGGGGGAGAUGUUGUGACGAGACAAUGUUAGUAAUGAUCGUCGGAAUAUUUCGUUUUUACAUUAAUAGAGACAAGGUGUAGGUUAGUAUCCUCUUGUGACAAGUCGAGAUUAGGGAUUCUUGAGAUUGAGAUUAGUGAUUCUUUUGAGAGAGAGAGAGAAAGAGAGAGAGAGAGAGAGAGAGAGAGAGAGAGAGAGAGAGAGAGAGAGAGAGAGAGAGAGAGAGAGAGAGAGAGAGAGAGAGAGAGAGAGAGAGAGAGAGAAAGUGGUUUUAUUAACGUCACAGUAGUAUUGCUACAGAAAACGUUUGUUAAAUUUGAUGUUAUUUAAAGUAAUUAUAAUUAUUGAGAUUCAUCUGUCUUUAUUUUUGGGUAUGGUUUAUUUGAUUACUAAAAUAACCAGCAUCUUUUCACUGACAGAUAUGUCUGUUUUUUUCUACAUGAAUGAUUAUACGUGUCCAUCCUUUCUCGAAACGGAUAACGUUUAUUUUUACACAUGGGGAUUUUUUUUUUAUUUACUUUGAUGAUAUAAUUUCUCUUGCUGAAAGAUUCAUAAGAGAUAUUAUUUGCGCUUUGCCUAGGGUUCUCUUUAUAUGUACUAUGAUAAAUGUUAUGCAACACAGUAGUUGAAUUGCUGAUAAUGCCGUGGAGAUACGAUAAUAUAAUUUUCAACGUCCAAAUAUUAUUGAUUUAUACAUAUGAGCUAUUUUUUUUUUUGUUAAACUGUUGACUACUGAUAUAUGGUAUACCUGUGUUUGAUGGAGAUAUUAACUACUGAUAUUUUUGUAAUUUUACUACAUAAUGGACGCAUUUUUUGUUACACACUUUAUGGUCUUGGACUGAUCAAUGUUACAUUAUGUACACAACCGUAAACAUAGACCUAAUGUCCACUUAAACAAACAUGUACACAUCACACAUAUUUUUUUUGUGUGCACAUUGAUCAGUGACUGUUUUCUUAUAUGCAAACACCUGUAUUCAUCACCUGGUUAUUGUAUUAUGAAUGAACUAAGAUAUGCUGUGCGUGAUAGCGUUAAGAAUGGUAAAAGAGAGUGGAUGAAGUUGCAAAGGGGGGCGAAACUUGCAGUUGUGAAAGACAGCAAUGUAAAAUAUGUUUUUUUUUCUUUAAGAAAUGUUGAAGAUAAUUGCAACAAUUCUAAGAAUAGCAAAUUUGAUGGUAUGGGAAUAAUGAUGUUGGUAAUAAUGAUAAUGAUGAUGAUGAAGGUGAUGAUGAUGAUAAUGAUGAUGAUGAUGAUGAUGAUGAUGAUGAUGAUGAUGAUGAUGAUGA